ACCAUUCAGCAUCUCAUUCAACUUUACCUCCACACUUUGGCCUUUGCCUUUUAUUCUCUCAACCUUUACUCUUCUCCUUCAUUUCAAUAUUGCACCAUUGUUCUUACCAACAAGAAGAAGAAGAAGAAGAAUGAAGGAAUAUAGCUAUGAAGACAUUGAAGAAGCGACGAAAGGCUUCGUUCUCGACCGCCUUAUCGGUAAAGGAAGCCAUGGUUGUGUCUACAAAGGCACUCUUAAAGGUGGCAAGCAUGUAGCAGUGAAGAAGCCAUUGGAAAAACUUCAAGAAGUUGAACAAGAUUCCAAACUAGAUCAUGAGAUUGAUAUACUAGCUUCACUACAUAGCAAACACCUUGUUAACCUUCUAGGUGUGACUCAUAACAAGCACAAGCUCCUUGUCAUGGAGUUCAUGCCUAAUGGUUCACUCCAUGAUCUCUUACACUCUUCUUCUUCUUCUUCACCAUCUUGGUCUCGCCGUCUUAUCAUCGCUCUUCAGAUAGCUCAGGCUGUUCUUUCACUCCAUGAGGCAGCUCCGGCAAUCAUCCACCGUGAUAUUAAGGCGGCAAACAUACUGUUUGAUCGUCACUGGAAUGCAAGGCUUGCUGAUUUUAGCCUUGCAGUUAGAGACAAUACAUUGUUGACAUUGGAGCCUACCAUGCCUGCUGGCACACUUGGUUAUCUUGAUCCUAUGUACACUACGCCAGAGAAGUUAAGCCCGAAGAACGAUGUUUUUAGUUUCGGCGUUGUCUUGCUUGAGAUUUUGAGCUCAAGGAGAGUCAUGGAUGUAGCUUCCCAUCCUGCUUCUAUAGUUGCAUGGGCGGUGCCAUUGAUCAGAGCCCAGAGAGAAGUUGAAGUCAUUGAUGGGAGGAGAAAAUUGCCGAGUUAUAUGGAAGGAGUUAUCAAACAUUUGCUGUGUAUAUCGGAGCGGUGUGUUUCUUCGAAGGAGGAAAGGCGGCCGGAGAUGGCGGAGGUGGCUGCUGAGCUUCAAGGUUUGGCUUCGAAGUUAUGGUGUCCAAUUUGGGCUUGUCACAGAUUAAAUUCAUUUUUCUAUCCAUGGAGAAGAUGGAAAAAUAGGAAGGUAUCUACUACUAAGAUUGUUUGCAAAGAUCACUUGCUUGAUGAGAAUGGUGAAGAUGAAGAUGACAGUGAUGAUACAUAUUGAUUUAGCAUUUAAUUGUAUAGUUUGUUUGUUGACAUUUUCAUGUUAUUUCCAAGAGAGAAGAUAAGGAACAACUAAUGUUAGAAGGUUUAAGCUUGAUUUCUGCUUUGAUGUCAUUUUCAGUAUUGUAUUUUAUGCCUGUCCAGGAGGAAACAGAUCUCUGUUUUCAAGCAUUUUCUUGUAUUAAAUCUUACGGAGGUGAUGAAAACGAA